ACAUUAACAACUCCUGCCUAGCUACAUUUCAGGAAAUUGUGAAAUUAUUAUUAUCGUUUUUAAAAAGAGCACAUUUAAUCUUUCCGCCUGGCAGAGUUAACCAUAGUCACAUUCGCAGCAGAUGCCGGGUUUCGUUAAAUCGAGCGCACCCGGUGCUGUGUUUUGUUGUUGUUUUUCAGCGGUGUGUCGUGUUUGGCCUGUCAAACCGUGUGACUUUCCGCUGGGACGACGAGACCGGGUUAACAGGGAUGCACAUGACUAAAAAGACCAGGAACACAAUGAAACCACCGUCUCAGACUCAGACAACUCCUGCCAGCAGCUUAGUAUUUGAAGGCGUCUACAACAAUCCUCGGAUGCUUCAUUUCCUCACCGCGGUCGUUGGCUCCACCUGCGACGUGAGAGUGAAAAACGGCUCGGUGUACGAGGGGAUCUUCAAGACGCUGAGCUCGCAGUGUGAGCUGGCCCUGGAUGCUGUUCAUAAACGGAGUGAUGACGACGGAGGCGGAGGAGGUGAGGGAGGAGGAGGAGGAGGAGGAGGAGGAGGAGGAGGCGGCCAGUCUUCUCCCAGGGUCGAGGACAUUACCGACACCAUGAUCUUUAGCCCCGCUGACCUCGUCACCAUGACCUGCCGGGAUGUUGAUUUAAACUUUGCUGUUAGAGACACGUUCACGGACACUGCCAUCAGCUCUUCGCGGCUGAACGGAGAGCACCGGGAGAAGGUGCUGCAGAGAUGGGACGGAGACGGGAACGGAGAAAACUUUGAGCUGGAGGCCGACACGUCAAAUGGUUGGGACGCCAACGACAUGUUCAAGUUUAACGAGGAGACGUACGGCAUCAAGUCCACGUACGACUCCAGCCUCUCCAUGUACACCAUGCCUUUAGAGAGGGGAAACUCAGAGGGCUACCGGCAGCGUGAAGCGCGCGCCGCUCGGUUAGCCAGCGAGAUCGAGGGCAACCUGCAGUACCGGCGGAGAGUGUCCUUGGAGAACGACGAGGGCAGAACCGAGGAGGAAAAAUACAGCUCGGUCGUGCGGGACCGGGAGGAGAGGGGGAGCCCUGGAUUCACCUCCACCAGCAGGGAAGGUAAAUACAUCCCUCUCCCUCAGAGAGCCCGAGAGAUCGGCAUGUCUGCCGGCGGCGCGAGACCCGGAGCCUCCGGUCGAGCCGCAGCGCCCACUUCUUCCAGACACCUGCCUCCCAGCUCUUCUUCCCCCAAGCCGCCGUCUGAUAGGAGCAGCCCGCUGUCCGUCCGGACCGCCUACUCUCCCCACCAACCGCAGAGCAGCCCGCCAGCGGCCGGCAGCCCGCCCUGCGCCAAUCACGUUCUCCCGCACUCCCUCUCGCAUCCGCAGGCGCUGGCCGACACGUCGCGCUCCUCUGUCAACGGAGUUGCGUCCAGAACGUCCCCGAAAUCUCAGAGGCUUCAGACCAACAGAACUCUCCGGACCCCAAACUCGCAGUCAUCUCCUGCAGUCUCUCGAACUCUGAAACCAGACGCCCCCCCCCAGGACCCCCCCUCAGUCGGCCCCGCUUACCUGGAGUCCUCACCCUCCGCUGUAACCGCGGCACCCACUAGCACCACCAAACCCUCUGGUCCCACCCCACUCUUCCCAGUCGAUGUGAACGAAAUCCUGAGCACAGCAGCUAAAGAGCGAACUGAGGGUCUGUCCAGUCCACAGGAGGGAAAAGGAGGCAAAGCUCCGUCAGUUCAGCAGAGGUCACAGCUGGAGGAGCUGCGCAAGUUCGGCAAAGAGUUCAGGCUGCAGCCCAGCUCUUCUCCCACAGCGAGUCCGGCCUCUGCGGGUCCCCCUCAGGACGCCUCCGCACCGGCCGUGGAGUCGCCCUCCUCUUCCUCCUCCUCCCCUGCCCCAGCUAAACCCGCCACCUCCCUCACCUCUGCUGCUCAAGAUCUGCAGCAAACUACAGAGGCGGCCCCGCCCGCUUCCGCGCCCACCGCCCUGCCCGCUGCUCCACCGGGUCUGACGUCCGCCGCGGGGCCAGAGGGACCUCAGCCUGCGCCCCCCAACCAGCCGGCCGCAGCCAACAGCGGAGAGGAGGCGUGUCCAGAGGGAAGCGAACCAGCCGAGGCUGCGUCUCCGGCCGCAGUCCAAGUGAAAAACUCGACACUGAAUCCGAAUGCAAAGGAAUUUCUUCCCAUUAAAGUAAACACAGUCCUGAAGCCCGCGCCCACCCCCACCCCGCCCAGACUGACCCAACCCAGCCCCUCCGUGGUCCUGCCUCCUCCAGGACAGCCGGGAGGCGGAGCCAUCUACACCAGCCCACCUGGACACUACCUAUCCUACAUGUCCCCCAUCCCCCUACAGGGACACUCCAUCCAGGCUCCUCAGAUGUAUCAGUACACCAUGUCGACUGUCAACCAGGCCAAAUACCGGCCCAAAGGCCCAGUUAUGGGUUCUCGUCCCGACCAUCACGGCUCUCAGGCCUCCACCAUGAUUUCAGCUGCAGCCUCGGCAGCAGGACCCCCGCUGGUGGCUUCUCCCUACCCUCAGUCCUACCUGCAGUACGGGCAGGUGAUCCAGGCCAUGCCCCCCCACUACCACGGACAGGCGGUUUACUCAAUGCUGCAGAGUGGUGCAAGGAUGCUGACGUCUGGGGCCCCCCCUCAGGCCAUGGGUCAUCCCGGGCCCCAGUAUCCCGGCCAGGGCGAAGGCCCACAGGGGCCCCAACAGGCCAUGUAUGCUGCUCAGUCGUUCUCCCACCACUCGGGCUCCAUCCAUCAUCCCCAGCCCUCCAGCACCCCUACAGGGAACCAGCCACCGCCCCAGCACGCAGCACCCAGUCCAGGACACGCCCAGGGCGGUCAGGGCGGCCCUCAGCCUCAGUCCUUGUUCCACUCUGGAGGUCUGUCAGCUCCCACGCCUCCUAACCUGCCGCCAGGCCACAGCUCUCCUCAGGCCUCCUACACCAUGCAGGGAUACAGCAUCCCCACCCACCAGCUUUCCCAUGGCUUCUCAAUCAGCCAACUCACACAGUUUUCCUCUCUUCAGGCUCAUGUACAAGGAGGUAUGUCAGGACCUCCCCACGCUGCUGGCCACGCCCCCCAGCACCUCAUGCUGCAUUAUCCCCCCCCUCAGCAAGGCGGCGGUGCCAACCCUCAGCACGGACCGCCACCCCAACAGGGGGCACCACAACACUUCUACAUCGGACACCCACAAGCUGUCCAGGUUCAGGCUCAUCCCACUCAGCAGCUGUCCUUCCACCCCUCUGCCAACUGAAACGUCCCCGUCACAGCUAGAUUCAGGAGCCACGAAGGCAGUGGCACCCCAACUCGUAACAUUCCCACCUCCUGACAUCAAAUUAACACGUCCUUAUUUUUACCCAGAUCUUUUAGACAAGCAGACAAGAGACAGGAACUUUUUGUGGACU